GAGUAUAUCAGGCCAGAAGCUGCUUGUCCUGUGACUCAGAGGUCCAGCUGCCUACUGCACCUACAUAGCUAAGGCCAUCUGUGUCCUGUUCAAACUAGUUGGUGUCCUCCAGCCCAAAGCCCCAGGGGCACUCCUGUCAAGUUAACCUGCGGUGCUCAGCUCUCAGUGAUGGAGGAGGUCCACCAUGGAGAUCCAAGGCUGGAAGAGGCUGGAGAAAAACCCACCAGAGAUCAGGACUCCUGAGCAUCUGGUGAGCUGCAAGGACAAGCUCUCAAAGGUCCUGUGACAGGUGCCGAGGAUCCAGACACUCUCAUGGCCUCCAGAGGUAGGAGCAGAUACUUCAUCAGUGAAGCCUCUGGGUGUCCCCAGGACAUGGCAGGCAGACGAGACCUGCAUCACCUGCUGGCUGAUGAUGGAGCAUGGGAGGCUUUUGUAUCUGAGACCAACUUGCCCAGGGAGAGGGCAGCCGCCCUGCACGAAGUGCUGAGGGAGCUCACAGCGCUCCUGGCCAUCGCAGACAGAGACAGAGACAGAGCUCAGAAAGGCCUGAAGGGCAGGAAAAAGUUUCUGAAAGCAUUUCCUCGCUUGAAAGCGGAGGUGGAGGAACAGCUCACGCAGCUCUACACCCUGGCCGACCACGCUGAGGAGCUGCACAGGGGCUGCGCCAUCUCCAACGUGGUGGCUGACUCCUUCAGCACGGCCUCUGACAUCCUGGGCCUCCUGGGUCUGUUUCUGGCACCCAUGACAGCAGAAGGCAGUCUUAUGGUCUCAGCAACUGGGUUGGGGCUGGGGAUGGCAGCGACUGUCGCUGAUGUUGCUAAGUCGAUCGUGGAGGAUGCAAGCAGGCAUUUGGAUGAAGCUGAAGCCCAUCACCAUGCUUCAACCAGCAUGGAGGUCCUGGAGGCAGGAACAACCGUGGCUAAGAUUGCCAGCAGGGUCACUCGGGCUACCAGAGAUAUCACCAGAGACCUGGAAGCCCUUCAGCAGCACAUGGAUGCCCUCAGGCUGGUUAGAGCCAACCCUCGCUUAGAAGAAGAGGCCAGGAUCUUUACCACCACCGGAAGCCUCCCUGCCCAACAGGCGAGAAAGGUGCAGACCACCAUGAAAGGAACCCCUCUGGCGAUGAGCAGGGAAGCCAGGAUCUGCAAUGCCACCUCCACAGGUGUCUCCCUCCUGAGAGGAGUUGACAGCCUUGUGAACGGGGCCCGGUCAGAGUCGGCUGAAGCACUGCGGAAGCUGGCUCGAGAGAUGGAGGAGAAGCUGGAGGAGCUCAUCGCAUUCUCCAGGACGCUCUGACCAGGCUCCAGUCAGCCAGCCCCACGACGUGCUGAGGUCAGGGGAGAGGACGUGGAGAGAGGUGGGAACAGUGGAGGCAGUGUUAGAGAGAGAACAAGGGUGAACUCGGGCCCGUGGGACAAAGCGUCUGGGUUUCUGUGUAUUGCUAUACACAGAUGAGACCCCCUGGAGCCUGAGAUGAGGGACCAGUGGAUGUGCUGAUGAGGGACUGGGGAGAGGGGCCUCCAGACUAAACAUGGGGAGGCCAGGGAAAAGAAAGACUGGAAAGCCCUCCCCAUCUGAGCAUCUGGAAACAGCAAAGCAGGAGACAGGAGACUCCACUAAACGCAAACCCAGCGGAAGCUGUGUGCUCUCUAAAUAAGCCACUGGCCCUGCACUAGAGCCCGUGCUUUCCUCCAGCUCGCCAGACCACCCCAUCCUCAGGCAUGUCUCCAUCCCCUAAAUAAACUGCUUCUGUUGUGACUGCCUCAA